UGUGUAAAAUGCGUUAAGGCCACCGCCCAAACCGAUACCUCAUUUCUUUAUUCAUAUAAUACAUUCCCUCCACAUUAACAAAAUAGUUGACCUUCAGCAUCAUUGCACUAUAAAAGCUCUAUUCUCCUUCCAUUCUCCUCAUCCUUUUCAUAAAGAGUGUGAGCUGAUAAGUAAAGCAGAAGUCUUCAACAAUGGCGGUUCCAGUUAUCGACUUAUCGAAGCUUCAAGGUUCGGAGAGGGCGGCGACCAUGGCGGAGAUCGGCAGUGCUUGCGAGGAAUGGGGCUUCUUUCAGUUGGUGAACCAUGGUAUUCCCUUAGAUCUUCUUGACCGGGUUAAGAAGGUUUGUUCGGAGUGUUAUAAGAUGGAGAGAGAGGAGGGCUUCAAGGAUUCCAAGGCUGUUCAGCUUCUGAAUGACUUAAUUGAUAGUGGAGAAGCUUGCAAAACAUUGGAUGAUGUGGACUGGGAAGAUGUCUUUAUCCUGCAGGAUGACAACCAAUGGCCAUCCAAUCCACUUCAAUUCAAAGAAACAAUGAAAGAAUACCGUUUGGAGCUGAAGAAGUUAGCAGAGAAAAUGCUGAACAUUUUGGAAGACAACCUUGGCCUCAGCCAAGGCCACAUCAAACAAACCUUCUCAGGUAAUGGCAGCCACAACCCCUUCUUCGGCACCAAAGUAAGCCACUACCCGCCUUGCCCGCGUCCUGACCGCGUCGGAGGCCUACGAAACCACACCGACGCCGGCGGACUCAUCCUCCUCUUCCAAGACGACAAAUUUGGCGGCCUUCAGGUACUAAAAAAUGGCCAAUGGUUCGACGUUCAGCCACUCGCCAACACCAUCGUAAUAAACAUCGGAGAUCAGAUAGAGGUCAUAAGCAACGGGCGUUACAAAAGCGCGUUGCACCGCGUGCUCGCUUCGGCCAACGGAAACCGUCGCUCUAUUGCUUCCUUCUAUAACCCUGCGCUGGAGGCGGUGAUCGAGCCGGCGGUGAUGAGCGGCGGAGGGAAAAUAGAGAAAGCUGGCUACCCGAGCUUUGUGUUUGGGGAUUAUAUGGAGAUUUAUGCCAAGCAAAAGUUUAUGGAUAAGGAGCUGAGGUUUCAGUCUGUAGGGAUUAAUUAACUAAUUAAUAAUUUGUUUUUAUGCUUUGGUGUUCAAUAAUUUGCUCUUGUUAACUAUAUAUAUUAGCCGGGCUUGUAACUUGUAAGAUGUCGUUAUACAAUAAACUAAAUAGCUACUUAUGGUUAAUUUGUUUAGCUUGUUAAAACUGAG